AUGGAUUUCCCGCCUGCUCCGGAGACGGAUGAUGCAGAGAAGGCGGAAAAUCCUAUAUCCACUAGGGCCAUGGAGAUGAACUGCACGGCUUUGCAGGUGAUGGUAUCGCAUUACAAAGUGUUGAGUGGUAAGAAGGUCCCCAUUACGAAGCUGGAAGCCUCCGUGAAGAAACUCUACGAGAAGAUGACUUGUGUUCCGGCGAUGGGACCCCGACAAUACUAUUGCGAUGCUUGGGCCCAGGGUGUCCGGGACCUUUUUGCAAGCAUCCAAAGCCUUCGGGACGAGCAGACUGAUGCAGACGAUGGCGAUGACGAUGAUGAUGAAGAGGAAGGAGAAGAGGAAGUGGGGGAGGAGGAUUCAAUCGUGGAAGGGGAGUCGGAGGGGUAUGAGACUGACGAUUCCAAGAAUGCGGGCCGGGAGGAAGACACGUGCUCAAGUGAGGCCAAGAGCUCCAAGGCGAGUUCCGUGGCCAAGGACGAUGGUGCCGUGGCCAAGGACGAUGGUCGUGGAGUCGGCGAAGUGCCUUUGGAUUCCCAAGAGGAUGCGCAGGCCCCUAAGAAACCUUACUGGCGCUACAGGUCGAAAUCGACUUUGGCAUCCCUUCCGACCACGGCCGUUCUUGGUGCUUCCCCUGCUGUGGAGACCCCGGCCUCCUAUGUGGGUGGUGUCACCGCUGCUGAGGAGGAUGAGUUGCAGCGAUUGCUGCAGCAGAUAGCCCUCGAGGAGGGCGGCGGCGACAUGAGUCCGGAAAUUGCUCGUCACGAGCGACUGCUGAUGCGGAUGGGUACGCCUGAGCAAGCUUCGAAGCCUGAAGGUGCCAUGGAUCCUGCACCCGACUGCAAGAGGAAGCUCGAUUUUGGCGAGCACGAGCGUGCACCCGAUUGGAAGAAUCCGCCUGAUCAGGAGCAUUGGGAGGACACCAUGGUGGAGCGGCCCACAGAAGCUCCGGAGCAUGCUCCGAUCGUCGACGUAGAUUCCAGCCCAGAGAAAAUCAAACAGGAGCCGUCGUCUCCGGGCCGGGAGUCUGGCCCAGUUCUCGCUGUGUCCGUGGAGGCCCAGAACCAGCUUCGGAACACCAUCCGGGCGUCGAUCCGCCGCAUGCGUGGGGGGAAGAAGAGCCAGGGUGACGACGACGCAGAGCAGAAGCCCAAGAAAAAGCGCGGCCGGAAGCCCAAGACCGCCAAGGAUGACCCGGAGAUUGAGCAGCUUGUGCCUCGCCGUGGCAAGCGAAAGGCCAAGGCCACAUGUGAGACCGAGCCCGAGCCCGAGGAGUCUUUGCCUUUGCCAAAGGCAAAGGCAAAGGCGAAGGCGAAAGCAAAGGCGAAAGCAAAGGCGAAAGCAAAGGCAAAGGCCUGUGCAGAGAAGCCGGUUUCCAAAGCAAAGGCGAAGGCGAAGGCGAAAGCAAAGGCUAAGAGUCGUGCGAAUCCUUUAGAUGAGGCUGAUGGGGAGUACCGGCUAAAGCUUAGCCCUGAUCGCAAGAAUCGCAGUGGCUUCUCGAAGUGUGGCCGAUUGACCCUCGGGUGUUCGAGCUGCCGCUGGGGUGUGCUCGGUUGCGGCACUUGCCUUCGCACGAAUUUCCAUGGAAAGCGGUGGAAUGCAGUGGCAUGCCCUGAGGAGUAA